UGCGCCCCAGAGGACCCCUGCCAGCGGCCCCCGCGCCUCCCCCAGACCCACCCGGAGCAUGCUGCCUGCAGCCAUGAAGGUCCUCGGCCUGGCACUGCUGGCCGUCUUGCUGUGCUCUGCGCCCGCUCAUGGCCUGUGGUGCCAGGACUGCACCCUGACCACCAACUCCAGCCAUUGCACUCCGAAGCAGUGCCAGCCGUCGGACACGGUGUGUGCCAGUGUCAGGAUCACCGAUCCCAGCAGCAGCAGGAAGGACCACUCUGUGAACAAGAUGUGUGCUUCCUCCUGUGACUUCGUUAAGCGGCACUUUUUCUCAGACUAUCUGAUGGGCUUUAUUAACUCUGGGAUCUUAAAAGUCGACGUGGACUGCUGCGAGAAGGAUUUGUGCAACGGGGCAGAUGGGGUGGGGUGCAGCCCCUGGGCACUGGCUGGGGGGCUCCUGCUCAGCCUGGGGCCUGCCCUCCUCUGGGCUGGGCUCUGAGGGCCCCUCCCUCCCACAGGGCUUCUGAGCUUGUUCCCCUGAGCCUGUUGCUGCCCCCUCCCUAGCCUGGCCUGGCUGGGGCUAGAGGCAGCCUUGGCCCAGUGCCAUGGUCUGUGGCUCUCGUCCUUCCCCAGACAUGAGACCUCCCUGUGGCUCCACCAGCUCUGAGUCCCAGGCAGCCGCCAUCUCCAGGAAACCAGGCAUCUGGGCAGGAGGCCUGGGGGUGAGGGCAGGGGGCUGAGGUUUCCAGGUCCCCGAGGGGAAGUGAGGCGGAGCCAGACACAGCCCAAUGGCCUGGUCGUAAGGGCAUCUUCUUCAGAGAAAUAAAGUCACUUCUGAGUACUGAGA